CAAGAUGGCGGAUUCCUCUUCGGAUUCGGACGACGUCGGGGAAAAGUCUUUGCAAAAGGGCGAGAAAAGAAGGCAAGAAGAAAGCGAUGAAGAUUCUGACGAAGAUUCCUCAUCAGACGUAAAUACGGAUGGCUCAGAUGAAAGCUUUGAUGAAAACAUGGAGAUUCCAGUUGAAUUUGAAGCAUUUCCUCCGAAUGAAGAAGAUUUCAAUGGAAUACGGUGCCUGUUACAACAAUUGUUCUUAAAAAGUACUUUGGAUCUAUCAAAACUCAGUGAUCUGAUCAUUUCUCAACCAGAAGUAACCACUCUGAUUAAGGUUGUGAAUGAUGAUGAUCAAGAAAACAAUGGUGAAGCCAAAACUGAUAAUGAUGAUAAUGAUGAUGAAUCAGAAGAUGGUGUUUUUGGACUGACAACUGUGAUUGACUUAAAAAAGCAUAAGGUUAAUGAGCGAGAGUUUUUAAAAAAUUUUUCAUUUAUUUUUGUUAGAUCUGAACUGAAAAAGGUCCAUAAAAAGGGUGACGAUGCUCCAAUUUCCUACUUUGUAAUGAUUUGCAAGACUUACAAAGACACUGAGACCAAAAUGCAUAAAAAGUCUAAGAAGGUCAAGACACAAGAGUCAGGGAGUUCACUGAGUUUUAUUAAUGUGGAGGAUGAAGUGUUCCAAAGGGAAAGUCAAUUGUCCUUCAGUUAUGCAGCCAGUGCAGAUGUUGAUGAAACUCUUGUAGCUGGAAGAUGGGCUUCAAGUGAUUGUGAAUUAAAACCUUACCGAACUGUGCUAGUGCUUCCUGCUGAUAAGUUUGAUAAAGCACUUGAGGGAAUACACAAUAUGCUAACACAGUAGUGACCUCUAUUUGAAUGUCUCUACACAAGUACCAUAUGUAACUGUACAUUCCACAGAAAAUUGUGCAGGUUUUUAGCUUAAACAUCAGCAAACUGUGAAAGUGAGGGAUGGAUGUGUAUAUUUAUUGUUUUUUAAUCUGUGCCUCGAGUCCUUGAAGUUGUUUAUGUCUCUUUGCAAGAAACCAAGAUUAAUCAUGACAGUAGCAACUCUCACGAACAACUUUGCCUAUUAGCUUUCAUUAUGGUUCCUGCUAGGAAAAACUCCUCUGGAAGGGGUUCCAAGCUAAGCCAGUUCCUUGCGAUCUACUGUCGUCUACAAG